AUGGUCUUGGGAUUGCAUAAACUGCCGAACAGCACCCAUUUUCUUGUCCACUCCCUACGUAUGGUUUGCUUUAAGGACAUCUUGUCUGGGGACCCGGAAAAUGGGAAGGCAAUGUUAGAGCUUGAUGACUGCACCCUGCAAUUGUCUCACAAUGGUACCUAUCUGGAUCUAGAAUCGACCCUAGCAGAACAAAGAGAUGAAUUGGAAGGCUUCCAGGAGGAUGCUGGGAGGGGCAAGAAGCACAGUAUAAUUCUGAGGACCCAGCUGUCGGUGAGAGUCCAUGCCUGCAUUGAAAAACUUUACAAUUCCAAUGGACGGGAGCUGAGACGGGCACUUUUCUCCUUGAAACAAAUAUUUCAGGAUGACAAGGACUUGGUUCAUGAGUUUGUUGUCGCUGAAGGUCUGACUUGCUUAAUCAAAGUGGGAGCAGAGGCUGACCAGAAUUAUCAGAACUACAUCCUGAGAG